AUGACUGUCAAAGUCAAAGGUAAAGAUUUAGAUAACCGUUGGGUUGUUCCACAUAAUCCAUAUCUCCUCGCAAAAUUUGAUUGUCACUUAAAUGUAGAAAUUUGCUCAACAAUCAAAGCAGUCAAAUACCUUUAUAAGUACAUUUAUAAAGGUCAUGAUCGUGUUGCUUUCAACUUGAUUCCUGGACAAAACAUCCAAGAUAUAGAUGAAAUCCAACAAUUUCAAUCAGCCAGAUGGAUUGCUCCACCAGAAGCUAUGUGGAGAAUAUAUGGUUUUAUUCUUAAUGAAAUGCAUCCAUCAGUUUACAGUUUACAUCUACAUCUUGAAGAUCAACAUCUGGCAGCUUUUCAUGCACAUGACAACCUUAACAAUGUUCUAAGAUCUGAUUUUACGGCAAAAUCAAUGUUGACUGAAUUCUUUUCAACAAAUCAAGCUAAUGAAAAUGCACGAAAACUACUGUACAAAGAAUUUCCUGAAGCUUUUGUUUGGAACCAGCAACACAAAAUAUGGACUCCAAGAAAGAAGAAAACUGUUAUAGGCCACAUUGUUACAGCAAGUCCAUUCGAAGGUGAAAGGUAUUACUUACGGAUAUUGUUAAAUCAUAUAAGAGGCCCUUUAUCAUUUGACCACAUCAAAACAGUUGGCAAUGUCACUGCACCAACCUUUCGUGAAUCAGCUACAUUACAUGGUUUGUUACAAAGAGAUACCAGUUUACAAGAUUGUAUGCAAGAGGCUUCCUUAUACCAAAUACCACACAGUUUAAGACGGUUAUUUGCAACAAUUUUAGUAUAUUGUAAUCCAACAAAUUCUAGAGAACUUUGGGAAUAUUUUGAACAAGAUAUGUCAAGUGAUUUCGAAACAAGUGUUGAACAUCAGCAGAUAUUAGGACAAAAGUCUUACGAAGCAUCUCUUCUACACUAG